AUGCCGUCGGUGAUGGGCCGGGGCUGGCACCGGCACCCCCCGCACCCCCAGACCACCGUACUGCCCCCCUGUCAGCGGCGGUGCCACCAGGCAGCCCCACGGCACGGCUCGGCUCGGCACGGCACGGCACGGCACGGCACGGACACGUGCAGCGGGAAGGAAGCACCGGGGACGCCGCGGCUGCACCUCGGGGGAUUCCCGGCCGCGCUCGCUCGGGGGGUCCCAACGGGGACCCUCCGGCAGCCCCGGGGCACGGCCGAGCCCCCCUCCCUCCCUCCCGGCCGGGCCCGCCUGGCGCUGCUGGCGGCUUUGAUUCGCUUCCAGCCAACAUGGUCUCCGAAGGCUCUAAAAAUAGUUGUUGUGCGCACAAACCCCGCGGCACGCAGCGAGCCCCGGCCGCCGAACAAAGCCGGGAACCGCCGCGGCCCGGCCGCCUCCCGCCGCCCGCCCCAUCCCGGAGGGGCCCGCGGGACCCGGCCCCGCUCCCCGCGCUCUUACCGGCACGGCACGGCACGGCACGGCACGGGAUGGCCCGGGGGAUCCGCGGCACCGUGCCCUGGCUCAGGCCGCCGGCACCGGCCUCGGCGGCAUCCCCCGGCCGCGGGCACGGAGCCCGCCCGGUGCUCCGGCGCUCCGGCGGCCCCCGUGCGCGGCCCGUGUGUCCCCGGUGGCGGCGGCGGCGGCGCUGCCCUCCCGGGGGCCCCGACGGUGCCGCUGCCGCACGGCAGGAGCGGCGAGUCACGCUCGGCGCGGCGGCAGAGGCGUUCCGAACUAGGUUACCUGCGCCGGCUGGGUGACGGCGAGCGGGGUGUCCCCCGCAGCCCCCGGUGCCCGUGGGACGCCGUCACCGCAGUGUCCCCCCCGUCCCCGGGUGACCCCGCGAGCGGCGGCGACACCCCCGCCUUGGCCGGGGUCCCCCGUGCGCCGGCGGCCGUGGGGACGCACGAGGGACCCCGGCCAAGCGCCUCUCCCGUGACAAGUGCCGCAGCUUCGGGCAAGGCCGGCCCGGCCCGGCCGCUCCCGCGGGGGCCCCGCCGCGGGCAGGGCACGGGCGGCCGCGGCCCCGCGUCCCGCCGGGGGGCACACGGCGGUGACACGGCGGGCCGGGAGGGGACCGGGGGGACAGCCCGCGGUGCCACCGGGCCCCGCUGCCCUUCAGCCGCCCGCGCCGCGCUCAAGGACACGGCGGCGCCGCGGGGGCCGGGCCGGCCGGGCCGCACGGCCACCCCCGCUCGCACGGCCGGGCCGAGCGGGGCCGGGCCGGGCCGGGCGGGGGCGGCGCGGGGCCGGGGGGGCCCGGCGGGCCCGGCCCUGCCGUGUUUUCCUGCCGCGGGCCCGGGACGGCGGACACACCGGGGCCGCGCCGGGCCGGGCCGAGCCCCGCCGGAGGCAGCCGAAGUGCGCCGGGGGGAGCCGAACCUCGGCCGUGGGGAGCCGAACCUCAGCCGCAGGGACCCGAACCCCCGCGGAGACACCCGAACCCCCUCCGGACGGGCCCGAGCCCUUCCGAAGGCACCACCCGAACCGAACCGGACGGGGCUGGACCGAGCCGAACGGAGCCGAACCGAGCCGAACGCAUCAUCCGAACUGAACCGAACGCAGCCGAGCGCGCCCGAGCGGAGCCGGGCCGGGCCGGCGGUGCCGGUGCCGCUGUCCCGCUGUCUGUCCCGCUGUCUGUCCCGCUGUCCCGCUGUCCCGGUUACCUGGGCCGCUGCGGGCCCGGCGCAGAGCCCCGCCGAGCCCCGCCGAGCCGUGCCGAGCCCCGCCGAGCCGCCGCCGCCGCUGCGCUGCCCGGCCAGGCCUCCUCCCGCAGCGCCGCCGCCUCCACUGCAGCACCGAGCCCGCCGCGCGGUCCUAGAGCCCGCCGGCAGCGCGCACCGGCACGGGCACGGCGCGGAACCGCUCGGGAACGGGCACGGCACAGCACGGGCACGGCACGGCUCGGAACGGCUCAGGGCAUGGAACGGCACGGGCAUGGCACGGCUCGGAACGGGAACGGCACGGCAUGGGAUGCCUUAA